CUAGCUCACCUCAUUCUGGACGGCUCACGUCUCCAGCCUCCGUUCGUCCCCAUGUCACAGCUUACCAUUGCCGCCAGCCACCUCCACCACAAUGCGCGCGGUGCAAGGCCUCCCUCCUUACCUCGCCGCCGCCGCGACCUUCCUCCUGCCGCACGCCGCCGGCGAAGACGAGCCUCCGCCAUGGUACCUGUGCGACCCCUAUGGCCCCAGCGCCAACUACCCGGAGAACGGCACGUUCCGCGCCAACAUCGACCGCCUCUCCACCACCCUCCCCAAGAACGCCUCCUCCUCCUCGUACCCGGUCAUGUACGCCGUCGGCACCGUCGGGGACGUCCCCGACAUGGUGUACGGCUCCGCGCUCUGCCGCGGCGACGCCAACGCCUCCGCCUGCGAGCGCUGCGUCGCGGCCGCCUUCCGCGACGCGCCGCGGGUGUGCCCGCUCGUCAAGGACGUCAUCCUCUUCUACGACCUCUGCCAGCUCCGCUACUCCAACCGCAACUUCUUCCUCGACGACGACUACUUCGUCGCCACGUACCCGAUCCAGCGCUCCGCGCUCGUCAGCGCGCCGGCGGCUCCGGCGUUCGACGCGGCCGUCGGCCUGCUCGUCAACGCCACCGCGGAGUACGCGGCGGCGAACUCGUCCAGGCGGUACGGCACCGGAGAGGAAGAGGGCCUCGGCAGCAGCAGCCGCCCCAAGAUCUACGCGCUGGCGCAGUGCACGCCGGACAAGACGGCGGAGGUCUGCCGGACCUGCCUGACGACGUUAACCGCGCAGCUGCCCAAGGUUUUCAGCCGGAGGACGGGAGGGGGGAUCUUCGGGAUAUGGUGCAACUUCCGGUACGAGGUGUUCCCUUUCUUCUCCGGUCGCCCGCUGCUGCAGCUUCCAGCGUUCGUGGAGACGCCGGUGCCGGCGCCAUCGGAGACCAAAUCAGGAGAUAAAAGGAGAAUCAGGACAGGCACAGUUUUAGCCAUUGUUAUGUCUACAAUUUGUGCAAUACUUCUGAUCGUUGUGGUGGGCUUUUGUUGUUGGAGGAAGAGACCAAAAGAACAGACGUUUCUGCCCUAUUCAGUUAGUUCAGAUAUUCAAAGUAUUGAUUCGCUUCUACUCGAUCUAUCAACACUACGAGCUGCUACAGAUGAUUUUGCCGAAGCUAAAAUGAUCGGCAAAGGAGGAUUCGGUAUGGUUUACAAGGGAGUCCUACCUCAAGGCCAAGAAAUAGCUGUGAAAAGGCUUUGCCGAAGUUCCAGACAAGGAAUAGAAGAGCUUAAAAGUGAGCUAGUUUUGGUUGCUAAGCUUUACCACAAGAAUCUUGUAAGGCUUAUUGGUGUUUGCUUGGAAGAGCAAGAGAAAAUACUUGUUUACGAAUAUAUGCCAAAUAAAAGCCUUGAUAUAAUUCUUUUCGAUUUAAACACAAACAUGGAGCUAGAUUGGGGGAAAAGGUUCAAGAUUAUAAAUGGAAUUGCUCGAGGAUUACAAUACCUUCAUGAAGAUUCUCAAUUGAAGAUAGUUCACCGGGACCUCAAAGCAAGCAACAUCCUACUAGACUCUGAUUACAACCCUAAGAUUUCUGAUUUUGGCUUAGCGAAGAUAUUUGGUGGGGAUCAAUCAGAAGAAAUCACUCAUCGAAUUGCCGGAACCUAUGGAUACAUGGCACCAGAAUAUGCCAUACGUGGUCGGUACUCAAUCAAGUCGGACGUAUUUAGUUUCGGAGUUUUGGUAUUAGAGAUUAUCACUGGAAGAAGAAAUAGUGGCUCAUAUGACAGUGGGCAGGAUGUUGAUCUCUUAAAUCUUGUUUGGGAUCACUGGACCAAGGGAAAUGUCAUAGAAUUGAUUGAUCCAUCCUUAGGCAACCAUCCUCCGAUCGACCAGAUGCUGAAGUGCAUCCACAUUGGGCUAUUGUGUGUUCAGAGAAAACCUGCAAGCAGGCCCAGGAUUUCGUCAGUGAACAUCAUGCUUAGCAGCAGCACUGUGCGUCUUCCUUCUCUGUCCAUGCCAGCGUUCUGCAUCCAAGAGGCUAGUGCGAGUGACAGCUCUAAUUUGUAUUCAGAACGUUAUCCCAGAUCCGGGUGCUCCAAUAAUUCAGCAGCGCUGUCUUCAAAUAGCGUGUCAAUCACAGACCUUUUGCCAAGAUGAAUCCUGAAAUACUAGUUCAGUUGCUGAACAAGUGUGUUGUUAGCUUGAUGCGAGGGGAUGCCCUAUUUCAUCAGGUCAGCAACAUUGAAUUCUGUAUUGUGGCUGUAAGUAGGAUUAUUUAAAGAGUUUUACUCCCAUCCUCCCCUUUGUAUCUCGAGGUACCGAUACCUCACGGUACCAAAUCGUUUCUGAU